AGCAGGGGAUCACAACCGUCUCUGCGCGUCGCGUCUGUGCUUGCACCCUGUGCUCACCGAGCUGAGCAGCCUCACAGUGGCAUUUGUGUGAGGGGCUGCCUUGCAUCGUGGUCAUGUGAUUUCAGGCUAUGGAUUUCGUGCGUCUUUCUUUUGCUCACUUUUAUCCUACGGUUCUUCAUUUUGCAAUGGAUGAAGUUUGUAUCUUCUGAAGUAAUCCAGGUCUGACCUAUCUACAUGUCUCCUUUCUCUAUGUGGCAUUACAUUAAAAAUACCUGUAAAUAUGUCUAUAUUGCCUACCGAACUCAGAUCUCUUUCAGGAUACUCAUCACUGGAUCCACAGUACCUGGCACAUAACACCCCAGUCACCAGUAUCCUUGAUCUGUUAGUGGCUUCCACUGGGCAGUCCCACAUAAGAAGAACGGCUCACCCAGAGGUGCUCUGCUGCAGAGUGAGAGGCUACUAACACCAUGUUCUGCACAAAGCUGAAGGAUCUCAAGAUCACAGGGGAGUGCCCUUUGUCCUUACUGGCACCUGGGCAGGUUCCCAAGGAGCCAGGGGAAGAGAUAGCAGGAAGCUCAGAGAGUGGCAAAGCAACUCUGCCCAUCUGUCAGGAUGUCCCUGAGAAGAAUGUACAAAGAAGUCUUCCUCAAAGAAAGACCAGUAGGAGCCGAGUCUAUCUUCAUACGUUAGCGGAGAGUAUUUGCAAACUGAUUUUUCCCGAGUUGGAGCGGCUGAACCUUGCACUUCAGAGGACAUUGGCGAAACACAAACUAAAAGAAAGCAGGAAAUCUUUGGAAAGAGAAGACUUGGAAAAAAUAAUUACAGACCACGCAAUUGCAGCAGGAGUUCCAGUGGAGAUCAUCAAAGAAUCUCUCGGGGAAGAGCUUUUCAAAAUAUGUUACGAGGAAGAUGAACACAUCCUGGGUGUGGUUGGAGGAACCCUCAAAGAUUUUUUAAAUAGCUUCAGCACCCUUCUGAAACAGAGCGGCCACUACCAAGGAGCAGAAAAGAGAGGCGGGUUUGAGGACGCUUCCAUUCUGUGCCUGGAUAAAGAUCAGAAUUUCUUAAAUGUGUACUAUUUUUUCCCUAAGAAAACCACGUCCCUGAUUCUUCCUGGCAUCAUUAAGGCUGCUGCGCGCGUGUUGUAUGAAACCGAAGUCGAAGUGUCCCUCCUGCCUCCCUGCUUCCGAAAUGAUUGCAGCGAGUUCGUCAAUCAGCCCUAUCUGUUAUACUCCCUUCACAUCAAAAGCACCAAACCAUCCCUGUCCCCGGGCAAACCCCAGUCCUCGCUGGUGAUCCCCGCUUCCCUCUUCUGUAAGACCUUUCCUUUCCAUUUCAUGUUUGACAAGGACUUGACGAUUCUGCAGUUUGGCCAUGGCAUUCGAAGGCUGAUGAACAGGAGAGACUUUCAAGGAAAGCCGAAUUUUGAAGAGUACUUUGAGAUUCUGACUCCCAGAAUCAACCAAACGUUUAGUGGAAUCAUGGCUAUGUUGAACAUGCAGUUUGUCGUCCGAGUGAGGAGGUGGGACAACUCUGUGAAGAAAUCUUCAAGGGUUAUGGACCUCAAAGGCCAAAUGAUCUACAUUGUUGAAUCCAGUGCAAUCUUGUUUUUGGGGUCACCCUGUGUGGACAGAUUAGAAGAUUUUACAGGACGAGGGCUCUACCUCUCAGACAUCCCGAUCCACAAUGCACUGAGGGAUGUAGUCUUGAUAGGGGAGCAGGCCAGAGCGCAAGAUGGCCUGAAGAAGAGGCUGGGCAAGCUGAAAGCCACCCUUGAGCAAGCCCACCAAGCCCUGGAGGAGGAGAAGAAGAAGACGGUGGAUCUCCUGUGCUCCAUAUUUCCCUGCGAGGUUGCGCAGCAGCUGUGGCAAGGGCAAGUUGUGCAAGCCAAGAAGUUCAGUGAUGUCACCAUGCUUUUCUCAGACAUUGUGGGGUUCACGGCCAUCUGCUCCCAGAGCUCACCGCUGCAGGUCAUCACCAUGCUCAAUGCGCUCUACACUCGCUUUGACCAGCAGUGCGGCGAGCUGGAUGUCUACAAGGUGGAGACCAUUGGUGACGCAUACUGUGUGGCUGGGGGAUUACACAAAGAAAGUGACACCCAUGCUGUUCAGAUAGCACUGAUGGCCCUGAAGAUGAUGGAGCUCUCUGAUGAAGUUAUGUCUCCCCAUGGAGAACCUAUCAAGAUGCGAAUUGGACUGCACUCUGGGUCAGUUUUUGCUGGAGUCGUUGGCGUUAAAAUGCCUCGUUACUGUCUUUUUGGAAACAAUGUCACCUUGGCGAACAAAUUUGAGUCCUGCAGUGUACCACGGAAAAUCAAUGUCAGCCCAACAACGUACAGAUUACUCAAAGACUGCCCUGGUUUUGUGUUUACCCCUCGAUCAAGGGAAGAACUUCCACCAAACUUCCCCAGUGAAAUUCCUGGAAUCUGUCAUUUCCUGGAAGAUUAUCAACCAGUAACAAAUUCAAAACCAUGGUUCCAGAAGAAAGAUGUUGAAGAUGGCAAUGCCAAUUUCUUAGGCAAAGCCUCAGGAAUAGAUUAGCAAAAUAUAUAUCUGAUUAUUAGUCCUUGGGUUUUGACUCCUGUGAGCAUGGGUGGAAUCUCUAAAAGCACUUUACGAUUGCAGAUGACUAAGAACAGUAUUAAAAUUUCAGGAGCUAAGUCACGAUCUACUUUUUCUUCCACUUAACAUGACAAAAAUGUAUUUACUUCGAUACUUCAAGUCUUUAGGGAGAAAAAAAGGAAAGAAACCUCAAAAAUGGCAUUUGGGGGUUAUUUCUGUUAUUAUACCCACCAUUUAUUAUCUGUACUCACAAUUCAGCACAUGUACAUCUAUCAGGUAAUUGCAGUGUCCUGACCCGCACAGCCUGAUGGAAUGACACACAGUCUUGUGUCAUGGUGGAAUGCCAUGGUUGUAAAAAUGCAUUUGUGAUAGUGUGACCUCCAAAAAGCUUUCCAAAUAGAAAUUAGAGUCUUUGAUACCAUAAGCUCUUUGAACCUUUCAGCUCUGCAUUUUAUUACAUUUCUUCAUUUCACUGUUGGUGUAUAUAACAAAAUAGGUUGAGUAUUUUUUCUGUUGCACUUUUCCUUUUUCUUUUUUUUAAGAAAAUAAGCAAUUAUGGGUUAGAUGCAAUAUGAAUAUAAAGUAGUUCUUCUAUAAAUAUCAAAGAUUGUUUUAUAAAAAUAUCUGCCAUAACGUAAUGUGUCAUAUCAAUAAAUACUGCCUUUUGUUUGACAUUUUUCUAUUCUGCACUUUGGUAAAGGCUAUUUUAAUUCAUAUUAACAAUUUAAUUCCUAUUAAUUCAUUUUUGUAUCAUAACAUUUGGGAUAAAAGAGGGUUACAGCCUAUAUUAAAAUGCAAUAAUAUCAUUCUAAUUUAAUUUAAUUAGAAGCAACAUGAGAGUAAAGUAAGAAUCCAGGGAAUAUACCAUAAUGUCCAGAAGUAAAACAUUUAAACACACACACACAAAUUUGGAUCUAUUUGAGCAGACAUCCUGCAUUGCCAUACUGAGCCGUAUAAAGUUCCAAUGAGAAAAUCUAAGUUCAGAAGUGGGAAAUGAGACUUGUUCUUUUUUGCUAAUAGCUUAUUUUUAAAUAUUUGUGUUGGACACUUUAGUGUGUAUAUAUGUCCUAAGAAUCAUCAAGUUUUUUUCUCUAAUUAAGUACACAUUUGUGAAUGUUUUUAAUCUAGUUGAAUGAUCUCAAUGAUAUUUUUUAAAGAGAAUGUUAGUAUUGAUGAAGAAAAUGAUGUUAUGAUUUCAUUAAGAAAAUUCUCAAACAUUUUUCUGGAGCUGGAACUUCUAUUUUUAGUGAUAUUAGUCUAAGCUCUCUGAAGAACUAAAUAACCUACAGAGUUUGGUUUGGGAUAAGGAUCUGAUUUUAAAAAGAGCUCCAUUUCAAAAGAGGAGAAAGAUGAACAUUAUAAUUUUUAAAUCAGUAUUAACAGAGUCAUAGAUACACUAGCCUGGUGACCUUAGGAAUAAAAAGUGAUUACUGAUUGGCCUCUAGUAUCCCAAGUUUACUACGACAGAUACAACAAGUUAGUGAAUGAAAUCCCAACCUCGUGAAGCACUAACUGUAUCUUAUUAAAUACCAAUCCUAUCAUUGGAAAGUACCAUAGGCCUUGGAAAAAUAGAGUUAUAGUCUCAUAAUUAUAUGAAGUUAAUAAAAACAUUUUAUUUUUUUAAAGAUUUUAUUUAUUUAUUUGAGAGAGAGAGAAUGAGAGACAGAGCACGAGAGGGAAGAGGGUCAGAGGGAGAAGCAGACCCCCCGCU